CGACAGAAUUAAACCACUGUGUAGUGUUUCAUUUGCUCUGCUACAGAGGGGUGUUUUGUAAUGUGUUUUUAUACAAUAAUAAUGAAAACAGCCUUGAAUAAAAUAAUAAUAAUGCGUCUUACCGUGAGAUAAAAAGGAAAUCCAAAAAAACGUUACUUUGUCUUGUGACUCGUGUUUUAAACCUUUUUACAGUGUCCUUCGCGUGAUUUGACUUAAAGAAAGUUAGAAGAUGCAGGCAUAUGACAAGAAUAACAAUUCGCCCACUUCUGUGAACAAAAAAGAUGGCAAAAUCGGUUUUUACUACUAUUUUUCAUACUAUAUUUAGAAGGGGUAUUGACAAAGUCCAUUUAAUGUGCACCUCGCGUGAUUAUGGCCUGACACAACAUCAAAGACUAUAAAAGACAUAAAGACAUGGUGUUUAAUCAACAGUGUGAUUGUACUCACAAACCUUCUCGAGUGAAGCUUUACCCGAAAACACUCAGCAAAAUGUCUGCGCCAAGAAAGGUAAAUAUCACAUAGUUGGAUCUAAACUGUGUUCGAAGAGCAUCAUUCAAUCUGAUUCAUUUUCCAUUACUAUUAUUAUUAUUUUUGAAUUAUUUAUUUUUUCAUUAUGUUGUAUUUUUAUUCUUUUAUUACUUUGGAUUGUCACCUCUGGGUAACCCAAAAAGAAGGUGCUUAUUGUUUUCUUAAAUAAUUUUUUCAUUUGUUCAAAAGGAUACAAAAUGUACGUAACGCAGAUUUAUUAAUAAAACAAAAGACAAAUUAAAGACAAAUUUUUUUGUUUUUCAGAAAAUUGCUCAAAGCGAAGAUCUUACUCGUCCGAUAAAUGUCGGUCUACGAAAAGAUGAUGACAACGAAGGUAAAGUCUCUUCUCUUGUGGGAUUAUUUUUUUGUACAUAAACAAAUCAACGCAGUGAGCUCUGACUGGCUUCACGGAAUGAAGUAAAACAAAUGAAGGUUUCCCUGAAAAAAAUUGCAAUGCCUUUUUUUUUUAACCUUAACCAUAAACUCUAGUGAAUGCCAGUUUUUAAAAAUGAACCUAGCGAAAUUUGCAGCCCUCUGAGUGAAAAAAAAUUUUAAAAAAUCACUUUUAAUAACUGUUAAUCUAUCUAAGUUUUUAUAUUGGCUUCUUUUGUUUCCACAAAAAAACUGCCUGAAAGAAGAGGUCUAUUUGGGAGUAGUGCUUUCAAGAAUCCUGCUAGAUAUAGAAAUGUCAAAACUCGUGUGUCGUUUUAUAACAAUAAAUUAUCAUUUUACAUUCUAGGCCAGCUUCUGUGUAAGGAUUUCAAGAUCCAGGUUCUUCCUGCAGCCUUCUAUCUGAAUGAAAAUAUUAAUUUCAAUCAGUCUUGUUCAGGAAAAAUGAGCACACAAGGUUGUUGUUGCUGAGGAGCACUAGUGCAUCAUCCAGCACUGUUGCAGUAUUGAUGUUAAGCAGCAAUUAAUUACGGCUUAAUUUUUGCUGUUUUCUCAUGUAAACUGUGAGCAUCUGCAUCUAUGGUGUAAGGCUUUUGCAUUGAAAAUUAAAAGAAAAUAUUUAUUUUUUAAGUCACAGUUCAGAUGUAUGUAAUUAAUUAAGGGACUCUUAUAUUGUAUGAAAAUUUUAGAUCUAACGUCAAAAAACAAAUAAAAACUCUUAAGAUCACCACAAGCUGCUUUUGAUUUCUUCGUGUAUAUAAUACUUGGGUGAUUUUAUCCAAGUUUGGAAGGGGAAGUUGUUUGGUAAAUUCUAACGUCCUACGAAUGAAGCGUUUUCUAUUCACAAGGAAAAGGACAAUAGGAAUGAAAUUAGCCUCAGUCAGAGCAAUGGUAGGCCAUUUCCUUUCUGCAGAAAAUAAAGCAUAUCAUGUAAGUUUUGUCGGUUUAUAUGACCACACCGUAGGAACUUUUCACUGUCUCAGAUUCACAUGAAAUUAUCGAAACUUUCAAACGAGACACUUCCAAAGUUGUCGAGUUAAAGAUGUGUCUUGAGAGAUUAGUCUGCUAACAAUUUAAGCACAAAAAAAAACGACAGAAAUCGUCAGACAUUAAUACUGAAUUCCAGCGAAACCAAAGUAAAGUGAUGUCUACCGAAACACGGACUCAGGGUCUGGGACGGGAGACAUGCGAGGACGAGUAAAACAUAGUAGCAUGAGUGAGGGGCUUUGUCCUCCCGACCCCCGUUAAAAUUUCUAGUUUCUUUUUGCCCCAGAGCCCUGACACGUCUUUUGAGUUUCUCCCGCUUAUGUAAAAGGAAGCGGAAACCUCUAGUGCCGGGGCCUGGGCCGAGAUCUGUUCUCGUUGUUAUACUUGUCUGAAGGUUGUCACCAUAUUUAUUUUGGGUACACUUACUUUAUAAUCGAUUUAUAACCUAAUUCUGCAUUUAAACUGUAGCAAACAGGUUUAAGGAAAGAGUCUGAUUAGAAGCAUUGUUUUUUGUUUUGUUCCACCCUUUUUCUUAAAUCUCUAGCCAAAACUUCAUUCAAUAAAAAAAUGACUCCUUGAUUCAAUAUUUUUUUUUGAGACUUUUAAGAUGAUUUUUUGAAUGUUUUUAAUGUAUAGAAAUUAGAGGGGCAUGUUUAAAACUUUGGAAAAAUUAGAAAAUAUUGGGUUUGGGGUUUGUUAAAAAUUAAAAUAUGAGGUGAAUAAUUAGUAAACAAUUACCAGAUAGUCCAACACCAUAACAGCAAGGUACCUCAUUGUCGAACUAAUUUUCGAAAAUUCUCAAUUCGGCCGCACUUCAGAAGAAAACAAAUUAUCUUACAAAUAAAAAGAUGCUUAUAGUCGUUAACUAUUCACACUCAGGUUUUACCUGGCGAAUAAAAUCAUCCCACGAGGAAUUAAAGGAAACGGCUUUCUUUUUUUUCUGUGUCGGAGAAGCGGUGAUUGCAGUCUGUUUCACUAUAUGGUUUUCAUGUGCUAGUAAGAAUCAAAGGGAAAGGUGAUAUAAAUGACAGCCAGCGAAGACUGCGAAAAGCAGGGGUUGGGGUAGGAAAUGUCACUAAAUUAAACAUGGACUUUAAUAUUCUAAAUGAUAACACAGGAAGAAGACUAUUGUUCAAUAACUAUUAAUAUAAAGUGUGUUUUUGUACGUCAGACAUGGUAAAUCGAAAAGAAAUUCAAUACUUUAAUGGCCACAAAAAGAAGGCUAAAGUUAGCUGUCUGCUUUCUUGCAGGUGGAAGAAGCUCUACUUACGGCUGGUGGGCCGCCAUCAUGCACAAAACCCCGUUUCAACUCCCAUACAAACUUCUUUCGGUAGGCAGUCGCGAACCAGCCUGUUCCAGGAUCCGAGAUAGUCGGUUCCACGGAACUGUGAAAGCGCAACACGAAAAUAAAACGGGAUUUUCGCGUUUUAUCCAUGUCCCUCUGUAUGCUAAGAGACCCAGUGGAAUCUAUAUCUUCACCGGGUGUCGGAGAAAACGUCACUGAGUUGGUUUGGUUUUCACCGUUUUUUGGUUGUUUUUUCUUUUGCUUGGUUUUGCAUCUCCCAUAAAACUGGCUAAAAUGGGUGGCAGGUCUAACAUCAUGAAUGGUAUGAAAUCUUUGAAAACCUUUUACUGAAAAACCUUUUAUUGCUCUAGCGAGAAGGAGUAAGAAGUUUACACUUUUUUAUGCGAGAUUGAUUACCUGUACCGGCUCCGAUUUCAUUCAGCUCAGUGGUAUUAAUGUUUUAUAGUUUUGGUUUCUUUAAAGCAAAUAUAGAGAAAGACAUACAUUGGUUUUGUAGUCACAAUUGAAAUUGACCUAGGAAGAAAAAAGUUUAGCCGGGUAGAAACAGACUAUUCGCGCCAGGUACCCGGGAAACUAAAUAUCACUGGGUAGCUGAAUGAAUUAAACCACUGUGUAGGGCCAGUUCACUGGCUCUGUUACAGAGGGGUGUUUUGUAACGUGGUUUUAUACAAAAACAAUGAAAACAGCUAUGAAAAAAAUAAUAAUUCGUCUUACCAUGAGAUAAAAAGGAAAUCCAAAGAAACGCUUGUCUUGUGACUCGUGUUUCAAACCUUUUUAUAGUGUCCUUCGCGUGAUUUGACUUAAUGAAAGUUAGAAGAUGCAAGCAUAUGACAAGAAUAACAAUUCACCCACUUCUGUGAACAAAAAAGAUGGCAAAAUCGGUUGUUAAGUUCUAGGUACAACACUAAAUAUAGAAGGGAUAUUGACAAAGUCCGUUUAAUGUGCACCUCGCGUGAUUAUGGCCUGACACAACAUCAAAGACUAUAAAAAACAUCAAGACAGGGCGUUUAAUCAACAGUGUGAUUGUGCUCACAAACGUUCUCGAGUGAAGCAUUACCUGAAAACACUCAGCAAAAUGUCUGCACCAGGAAAGGUAAAUAUCACAUGGUUGGAUCUAAACUGUGUUCGAAGAGCAUCAUUUAAUCUGAUUCAUUUUCCAUUAUUAUUAUUUUUUUUAUUAUUUAUUUUUAAUUAUGAUUGUAUUUUUAUUUUUUUAUUACUUUGGAUUGUCAAUUCUGGGUGACCCAAAAAGAAGGAGCCUAUUGAUUUCUUAAACAAUUUUUUCAUUUGUUCAAAAGGAUAUAAAAAAUGUACGUAACGCAGAUUAAUUAAUAAAAGAAAAGAAAAAUUAAAGACAAUUUUCUUUUGUUUUUCAGAAAAUUACUCAUCAAAGCGAAGAUCUUACUCGUCCGAUAAAUGUCGGUCUACGAAAAGAUGAUGACAACGAAGGUAAAGUCUCUUCUCUUGUGGGAUUUUUUUUUGUGUGUGCAUAAACAAAACGCAGUGAGCUCUGACUGGCUUUACGGAAUGAAGUAAAACAAAUGAAGGUUUCCCUGAAUUGCAAUGCCAUUUUUUUUUAAUCUUAGCCAUAAACCCAAGUGAAUUCCAGUUUUUGAAAGUGAACGUGAUAUUUGCAGCCCUCUGAGUGAUAAAGUGCAAAAAUGGCAGGGGGUUGUUAUGCACUCGAUUAGCUUAAAAAUCACAUAAACAAAGGAAAAGGAAAGGAAAAAUAGAAAGUGGGAGAAGAGAUUAAAUUAAUGAGUUGCUAUCUUCAACUUCAACUUUAUUUAAUAAAAAUACUGAUUACAAUUUAUAGAUUGGCCCGCAAAAUAACAAUUGCUAAUCUAGGAGGACCAGUUAAAAGAAAAGUAAAGGGAAAGGAAACGAAGGAAACUAUUUUAAGUUAUAAUAAAUAAUAUUUCUAUCAUAGUUUUAUUUUAAUUAGAUUAAAUCUACUAAGAAAAGACGAAAAAGGAAUUGACGGAGUGCGAAAAAAACAAAACAAUACUUUUGUACAGAAAAUCACUUUUAAUAACUGUUAAUCUAUCUUAGUUUUUAUACUGGCUUCUUUUGUUUCCACAAAAAAACUGCCUGACAGAAGAGGUCUAUUUGGGGGUAGUGCUUUCAAGAAUCCUGCUAGAUAUAGAAAUGCCAAAACACUUGUGUCGUUUUAUCAUAAUAAGUUAUCAUUUUACAUUCUAGGCCAGCUUCUGUGUAAGGAUUUCAAGAUCCAGGUGCUUCCUGCAGCCUUCUAUCUGAAUGAAAAUGUUAAUUUCAAACAGUCUUGUUCAGGAAAAAUGAGCACACAAGGUUGUUGUUGCUGAGGAGUACUAGUGCAUCAUCCAGCACUGUUGCAGUAUUGAUGUUAAGCAGUAAUUAACUACGGCUUAAUUUUUGCUGUUUUCUCAUGUAAACUGUAAGCAUCUAUGAUUUAAGGCUUUUGCAUGAUUUCAUAUUUAUUUUAUAAGUCAAAGUUCAGAUGUAUGUAGUUAAUUAAAGGACUCUUAUAUUGUGAUGAAUUUUUUGUAUCUACCCUCAAAAAAAACAAAUAAAACCUCUUAAGAUCACCACAAGCUGCUUUUGAUUUCUUCAUGUGGAUAAUACUUGGAUGAUUUUAUCCAAGUUUGGAAGGGUAAUUGCUUGGGAAAUUCUAACGUCCUACGAAUGAAGAGUUUUCUAUUCACAAGGAAAAGAACAAUAGGGAUGAAAUUAGCCUCAGUCAGAGUAACGAUAGGCCAUUUCUUUUCUGGAGAAAAUAAAACAUAUCAUGUAAGUUUUCAGCCAAAUAUACUGGUGUGGCAUCCUUGAAAAGUGACAGAGUCUAAGUGUACUUUAAUAGCUUUGAAAGUUUGCUCUGUGAAGGUUUCAACAGCUCAAUUUCUACACAGAACUGAGAUUAGUCUGCUAACGAUUUAAGCAAAAAAAAACGACAGAAAUCGUCAGACAUUAAUGCUAAAUUCCAGGGAAACCAAAGUAAAAGGAUGUCCCGAAGCCCGGACUCAGGGUCUGGAGCGGGAGGCAUGCGAGGACAAGCAAAACAUAACAGCAUGGGUGUGGGGCUUUGUCCUCCCGACCCCCGUUAAAAUUUCUAGUUUCUUCUUCCCCCAGAGCCCUCACACGUCUUUUGAGUUUCUCCCGCUUAUGUAAAAGGAAGCAGAAACCUCUAGUGCCGGGACCUAAGGCACUAGAUCUGUUGUUGUUGUUAUUCUUGUCUGAAGGUUGACACCGUAGUUAUUUUGGGUACAUUUACUUUAUAAUCGACUUAUAUCCUAAAUCUGCAUGGACAUAAACUAUUAAUAUCCUUCACUGGCAAACAGUUUUAAGAAAAGAGUCUGAUUAAAAGCAUUGUUCCACCCUUUUUCUUAAAUAUCUAACCAAAACUUCAUUCAAUCAAAAAGUCGGAGUCCUUGAUUCAAUAUUUUUUUUGAGAAUUUUUAGAUGAGUUUUUGCAUUUUUUUAAUGUAUAUAAAUUAGGGGAGGGGGAAUGUUUAAAACUUUGGAAAAAUUGGAAAAUAUUGGGUUUGGGGUUUGUUAAAAAUUAAAAUUUAAAGUGAAUAAUUUGUAGACAAUUACCAGAUAGUCCACCACCACAACAAGGUGCCUCAUGGUCGAACCAAUUUUCGAAAAUUCCCAAUUCAGUUUCAUGGUCGACCUAACUGAGUUUUUCAAUUCGUCAAGUCGUGAAAUUCAAAUCAGUGAAAGUAUCAGUUUGUUUGGCAAAAGACUUUAAAAAUUCCUUCUUUCUUAGCCAAAUAUACUCUUUGUUGAGGCACAUACCUUUUCUUUUUUUCUUUUUCUUUUCUUUUCUUUACUUUUAAAAAUUACCCAUUUUUCAUUCAGUACUUUUAACUCACAUGGUUUACCUUAUAGUUCUAGAACGCCUAUAGUGUAUAAGCCCUCGGCUUCUGUGUAGGCUUCCUUGUCAUUACCCUUUUAAACAUUUAAUUUUGUAAAUAAUAUAGUUAGAAUAGUGUACAUUAUCUUUAAUGUAUUAUAAAUUUCUUGUAUAUUGUUGUUAUAUUCAUAUGUAGCUAAUGCCAAAAUAAAUGGAAUCUUUUUUUCUUCGUGAAUUUUUUCUCGCGCUCCACUUUCGGAUGACACGUGGAACAGGCUAGUAAACUAACGGAUUCGCCGCUGAAUUGGCGACCAAGAGAACGAUGACUACCAGUGCAACAUUGUCAGACACGUCUAAAAAAGAUGAUUCUCAGGAUUAGAUAGUUUUUUUACUACAUUAAAUGCCAAGAAAAACACCACUAUAGCAAUUAUGAAGCGUGCUGAGUUGUGUUUAUGUCUUCCAGGGGGAGCUGCCGGUUGUCAACGCCCCAGUUAAAGUUCCUUCCUGAGAGACUCCAUUGCAGAAUUCUGCAGUGAUUGCUUGCGAACUACGGCUAGAAUACGGACAUCAGCAUAGAUAAGGAGAGCUGAAAACAAUAUGUCAAAACCUGAGACACAAAAUUAGACUAGGCUCGAUUUCCGCCGUCUCCCGGGUCCGGUUUUGAUGAGUGCGGGCUCAUUUUCCGGAACAGCGGCUGGUAAUCGAGCCUACAGUUAGACGCAGUACUUUAGAAAGAGUGGGUGAGCUUGAGACGAACAUUCCAAGAAAGAGAGGUAAAGCGAUAUCGAUCAAUAAGGGAAUCAGCCAUGCCAACAAGAUGAUUCUUCCAGCGCGUCUCACGAAGAUGAAAGUAAUGUUUUUAAGGGGAAGGACGAUUGCUGUGUAGCGAUCCCAUGUUAAAAUGCAGAUAUUUGCUACUGAAGAGUGAACGAGAAACCAAUAAGCAGCUAUAUUCAUCCAUUUGUUAAAGGCCGUCGCUGCAGUUGAUUGGUUCCAUUAAGGAUGCAUAACUGGAUAGGAAGAUGAUUACAAUUCCUACGCCAAAAUCAGCUACUGCCAAGAACAACAGUAACCAAUUGAACUGGGAAUGUAGACGGCGAGUUUUAGCUACAGGAUAAUUAAGACGGAAACCAACCACCCACAAAUAUAAAACCAAACCUUCAUCUUCAAGAGUAAUUAAGUAAGAUACGCGCUGACUUAACGAUUAUUUUGAGGCGUUGUUAGUUUAUCAUAAGCAACACUUCUUGUUAUGUGCUGGUCAAGGUGAUAGCUCCACAUCGCCUUUUUUACCAUUUAUCAGCCGCUUGGAACAAUCACGCAUAGCAUUAAUGACUAAUGAAGGUGACUUAUCUGUCACUAAUAAAAUUAUAAUUUACACUUCAUCUGCUCUGAACACUGAAAUUUUACACAGAUACUGGCGAGAAAUCACGAAAUGAUAUGAGGUGGGGUAACCUUGGCUAUCUAACUAGUUUCCCUUGCUGCAGCUGUUGCCUCCUCAGCAGCUCGUUUUUUUAGUCAGUAUAUGGCCAGAAUCAGGGCAGAUUUUCGCACUUUUUCCCAGAAAUGCACUCGCCAGCGACAGUGGCGAAUCUGGCACGAUUCUUUCGAAUUCUUCAGGGGUUUGGAAAACAUUCAGUAAAAUAACAAGUUAAGAGGGGCCUCCUGGGCCAAAAAUUCAAACUCAGGGGAAAGAUUGCCAACUGGUAAUGGCAAAAAUGCAAAUGAAAUGGAAAAUUUGACGACUGGCGAAUAAUAGACUUAGCUCAUUCACAUUUCCUUACUGCGGCUCCUUAAUACGUUUCCUAAUCAAGCUGCUCAUUAUUAAACUGUAAUUCUGGGCUAUCAAAAAAUUCUCAAUAAUUACUUAGAUUGAUGAUGCUUUCAUCGCACGUAGUUAAAACAUUAGAAAUUGUGCCUUUCUAGGCCUAUUCAAUACAAAAUUUGUUGAUUACCGAUGAAGGCUCUAUUAGAAGGUACCACUUUGAAAAGGGGAUAAUGAUAAUUAUUAAAAACUGAAUCAUUACUGAAAUUCUAGAGCUCUGAUUGGCUUAUGGUAUAUGAGCAAUUAUACCAUGCAAAUAUGAAAACUGUACGCGUCUGCUUCAAAUUCAAAACAAGCUGAAAAUCGGUUGUAAUUACAAAUAAAGCCGGGAAGAAUUCUCGAUAUUUUGUGGGCGUUUUUAAUAAAAACAAUUAUUCCACUCGCGCUUGUUGGAUAUGAGAUGAUUAUAGUCAUCUUGGCGCUACGGUGCCUCGCCUUUGGCUAUCUACCAUCUCAUAUACAACGCGCACUCGUAGAAUAAUUAUUAAGUGUUUAUUCAUCAACAAAAGCUUCCUGUAUGGCACCUAGACACUUAACCGUCCACCUUUCUCGCGCUCUGUGCUGCCUUUCUGAGUGGCAUCCAACGACUGCUUUCUGUGAAUAUUUCUUCAAAGAAGCAGAUACCACCUAAAGCAUUAAAUUGGAUUUAAAAUUUUCCGGGAAAAUAAGACUGAAGUCCUUAUAAUUCGAAAAGACUCAGCCUGCCAUAAGAUAAGCGACCAGAAACAAAUUUUAUAGCGCCGCUAAGAAUGCAUUUUGGAUAGCCUAUAGCCAGUGUAUUUAGGGGUUAACCGUCGAUGAGUGCCCCUGCUUUCUUAUCCCUGACCUUGAUUCCUCCUACGCACAGAAAUGGCUAAGCCCAUUAGACGUGCACUCAGCUUUCUUAGAAAAUACGUUAUACUGGUCAACCAUGAGUACCAACCUAUGCAUUAUUUAUAUGAAAGAAGACUAAGUAAUGGUUUCAUUUACUUUCUUUUUAAGUGGUGACGACUUUUCGGUUGUAAUGUGACAAAAUUCAAACCCUUUUUUGUUUGUUUUGUUUUGUUUUGUUUUGUUUUGUUUUUCCUUAAAUAGGCUUAUUAUCUACGGAGUUUAAUUGCCUUUAGUGGUAAUUGAAUUUUAAGACUUUGACUCGGUCUCCCGCCAAAAAGGAACCUUGACACAUAUCCUAAUAAUCAUACUCUAAAAAGCCUUUCAGUUAAUGUUCGCAAACUUACUACUUAGGUUGUUUCAGAAGAACUAAUUUACAUACGAUAAUUGUGACGGAGUCGAUGCGUCUGGCAAGAUAAACUGACACUGUAAAACUUGUUUAUAAAACGAAGAACGUCAAUGUUGUUAUCGUGAGUAUGGCAUUGAAUAACAUAAAAGUUUAUGACGGCCUCUCUAGGGCAUUUUUACUACGCUGCGUUUUGCAAAGCUUUCGACACACAUCAAUGAAUUAAGUGACCUCAAGAGUAACUGGGUAUUCAGCAGUUUCAAAAGUUUGUUAAAGGUUGAAACUGUAAAACAAUCUGUAAAUUAAACUGUUCUGACAUGGACGUUUGGCUCAAUGUUUCGGGGUGGUUACUUGUGUUUUCCCUGGUAGUUGCUGAUCUGGGCGUUGGAAUUGUUGCUUUUCCCAGCGGUUAUAUUUGCUUCAUCUAUAAUGCGAACUGUAACAAGACAAUAUACAUAGCAGCGUACUGGUUUCUCGUUCACUCUUCGGUUGCAAAUCUCUGCGUUUUAACUUGGGAUCGUUACACAGCUAUCGUUCAUCCCCUUUAA